UAUAUUGGAGAAACCUCGAAAUUGCCUAUUUGCCUUCUACGGACGGAUAUCCAUAGGCAGGUGAUCUCUCUCUCUCUCUCUCUCUGUCUGAGUCAACACGGACGGCAAAGACCCGAACUCUGUCUCCCCCACUUUCUCAGAAAAACCCUAGGAUACCUAGUGCCCAAUUUCUAAUCCAGGAAAGGAAAAAAAAAAAAAAAGAAGACCCUAGAAAGUCAACUAAAUUAAAUUCCUGUAUUCCACAUUUCCACUCCCAGAUUCUCGAACGAUCUCGCUCUAAUUGAGUAAAAUGUCAUCGGAGAUCGAGGUUGUUGACGAAGUCGAAUCCCGUGACCAUGAGUCGGCUUUGUCUUCGGCCGCCGGCAGUUCUUCCGGGGCGUCGGAGAACGAGAUUCGGGAAGAGAGUAUGCGGGACGAUGUGUACACGGCGGCGGCGUACGGGGAUUUGGAGAAGCUUCAGAGAUUGGUGGAGUGCGAGGGCUGCUCCGUGUCCGAGCCCGACGGUCUCGGCUACUACGCGCUUCAGUGGGCUGCGCUCAACAACCGCACUGCCGCUGCUCAGUAUAUUAUUGAGCAUGGAGGCGACAUAAAUGUGACAGAUCAUACUGGGCAAACUGCAUUACAUUGGAGUGCUGUUCGAGGUGCAAACCAAGUGGCAGAGCUUUUACUCCAGGAGGGUGCACGGGUGAAUGCUGCUGAUAUGAAUGGCUAUCAGGCAACACAUGUUGCAGCUCAAUAUGGUCAGACAGCCUUUCUUUAUUACAUUGUUUCGAAAUGGAAUGCUGACCCCGAUAUUCCUGAUAAUGAUGGAAGAAGUCCUUUACACUGGGCUGCUUAUAAAGGUUUUGCAGACUGUAUACGUCUUCUUUUAUUCCUGGAUGCAUACAGGGGUCGCCAAGAUAAAGAGGGUUGCACUCCUCUCCAUUGGGCUGCUAUCAGGGGUAACUUAGAGGCCUGCACAGUGUUAGUACAGGCUGGCAAGAAGGAAGACUUAGUGGUGACUGAUAACACUGGACUGACGCCAGCCCAGCUUGCUUCUGAUAAGAAUCACAGACAAGUUGCAUUUUUCCUUGGAAAUGCUAGAAGGCUCCUUGACAAACGUUGUGAUGGUAAUGGCCGCCUUGGAAAAAUUUCAAAAUUAGGACUUGCGCCUGUACUGUGGUGUUUAAUAUUCGUGCUGUUGGUGACCUAUACUCAUUCUGUCAUCAUCGUAUCAAAUCUGCCAAAAUUGACUGCUGGCUCUGGUCUUUUUGCAUGGCUGGGUGUUUUCCUAGCAACUGCUGGGCUAGUUAUGUUUUAUAGGUGUAGCAGCAAGGAUCCUGGUUACAUCAGAAUGAAUGUGCAUGAUGCACAAAAUAUGAAAGACGAUGAACCAUUGUUGAAGAUAGAGAUAAAUAACCCUGCUUUGCUAGCUGGAAAUUGGUCUCAGCUCUGUGCAACGUGCAAGAUUGUCAGGCCUCUCCGUGCAAAGCAUUGUUCCACUUGUGAUCGUUGUGUUGAGCAAUUUGACCAUCACUGCCCUUGGGUAUCCAAUUGCAUUGGCAAGAAAAACAAGUGGGAUUUCUUUUUGUUCCUCGUUCUAGAAGUUUCGGCCAUGUUGAUUACUGGUGCAGUUACUCUUACAAGACUUUUGACCGAUCCAUUCGCUCCUGAUUCUUUUGGAGCUUGGAUCAAUUAUGUUGGCACAAAUCAUGUCGGUGCCAUGUCAUUUCUGAUUGUGGAGUUCUUCCUCUUCUUUGGUGUGGCAGUUUUAACAUUAGUACAAGCUUCUCAGAUAUCACGCAACAUUACAACGAAUGAAAUGGCAAAUGUAAUGCGCUAUAGCUACCUUCGAGGCCCAGGUGGUCGGUUCAGAAACCCCUAUGAUCAUGGGAUGAGGAAGAACUGUUCAGAUUUUUUGAUCAAUGGCUACAACGAAGAUGUAGAGUACAUUGAAGAGUCAACUCAUUCUGAGGGGAUUGGAAUGGUGCAUAUGACAAGGAAUUCUAACGCACAAAAUGGGGAUGCGGUUUGCCAUCAAACAAAUGGCAAUGGCCAUGUUGUCAUCAAUGUAAAUUCUACGAACAGCAAAGCCCAUCAUGGCCAUGUUCAUUCUUCUCAUUGCAGCCAUAAUAAUCAUGGAAAAGCUAAAACGGAUGGCAUCCCCGUGGGUUUGGGUCUUGGUCUUGGACGGACCACUACACGCACUGUUGUAGGCUCAUGAUGUUGAUGGUAAGCCUGCAUAAUUCUGAAAUUUGUGUUUGUAUUAUAAGUAUACACCAGGUUAUAGAUUCUGUAAUUCAAUUUAUUGUUGCCCGUUUUGCCCCCCCCAAAGUGCCAUGGAUAUAAAUAAUUUUAGAAGUGGAUCCUCAAUUACACCUGAGCAUGUUGGUUGA